GACUCUGCAUUUACAUAGUCGUUUGGUUUUUACAUCUGUAAUGGCAGCCCUCGUUAUCUGUAAAGGGAAAACCAAAGGGCUGGAGAAAAAGUGUGUAUAGCUUAGAGGUGACGAGGGACAAAGCUUCCUGUGGGCGUCUAUCCCAGGUGGCGGCGGUGGGAGUCAUCCCGGAGGAAACUAUGUCCCGGUAAAAUCCCUGUAAUUAUUCGGGGCAUCGAGGCCACUUCCUCCGUCUAGGUAUGAGACGAGGACUUUCGCGGCCCCCGCACCGCCGACGGAGAAGCAGGACGGGUCUGAUCGCCGUCUCGCAGACUUCCGAUGCAGCUGGCACACAGUGAAACUUCAUGGGAGAAACUGAAGAAGGACGAUGUCGGCUGAAUUUGGACUCGUGCCUCUUAAGAGACAGAAAAAAAACUCAGUUCCCCGCUUUCAGACGGAUGGCUAAUUACUGAUCACAUUGCAAAGUACGCAUUGGACCUCGGUCUGGAAGGGGUUUCUUAUUGUAUUCUAAGUAAAGGUCUGUGAUGCUGUAUGGCAUCAUGGUCUUCGUGCUACUGCUGACGUUGGUGUUAAGUUCUCCCAGCUUGGAAGGCAAGGAGGUGGAGCUCCAGCCCAGGAACAGCGAGUGCUUGUGCGAAGGUCCAGCAUGUGCCACUGGGGGGCGCUGUCUCGGCCCGCAGUGCUUCUCUGCCCUCCUGGUCUCGAAUGGGACCGCGACGCACCGGAAGGGAUGCGUGGUGGGGACAGAGGAUGGGGGCGUGGACUGCAGAGGCCCCGCCUCCCCAGAGCUAGUGGUAAAAUGCUGCCGGGGCCAGCUCUGCAACGCCAACCUGACCGUGGAGCUCCCACUCAGAGAAGAGAAGCCCUCUCCCCGGGAACAUGAGUGCGUGUGCGAGGGCCGCUCGUGCGUCAGUAGCGCCCGCUGCUGGGGGCAUCAGUGUUUUGCGUCGGUGACGCUGAGCGGCAGCACGCGGCUCUACCUGAAGGGCUGCUUUCGCGUGUAUGAGCAGGGCCGCAUGACCUGCAGGACGCCGCCCUCUGCUGGCCAGGUGGUGGAGUGCUGCCAGGGGCACCUGUGCAACCACAACAUCAGCGUUGAGCUGCCAGUUCAGAGGGAGCCCCCCGGUGGCCUGAGUGAUGGCAUGUCCUCGCUGGCCCUGGUGGUGGUGGCCCCCGUGGUCGUCCUCGUCGUUCUCGCAUCCGUCGCCGUCCUGGUCUUUCGGCGGAUCCACCAGAAGCAGAUGGAGCGGCUGGCGUCCCGUGACGCGGAGUACAGUGCCAUCGAAGGGAUAGUGGCAUCCAAUGUGGGCGAGAGCACGCUGGCGGACCUGCUGGACCACUCCUGCACUUCAGGCAGCGGCUCCGGACUCCCGUUCCUGGUCCAGAGGACUGUUGCCCGGCAGAUUACACUCAGCGAGUGCGUGGGUAAGGGGCGGUACGGGGAGGUGUGGCGGAGCCAGUGGCAGGGCGAGAACGUGGCCGUCAAGAUCUUCUCCUCCCGGGAUGAGAAGUCCUGGUUUCGGGAGACUGAGAUCUACAACACGGUGUUGCUGAGGCACGAGAACAUCCUGGGCUUCAUCGCGUCGGACAUGACGUCCCGCAACUCCAGCACGCAGCUCUGGCUGAUCACUCACUUCCACGAGCCGGGCUCGCUGUACGACCACCUGCAGCUCAGCACGCUGGACGCCGUCGGCUGCCUGCGGAUGGCGCUGUCCAUCGCCAGCGGCCUGGCGCACCUCCACGUGGAGAUCUUCGGCACGCAGGGCAAACCAGCCAUCGCCCACCGCGACCUCAAGAGCAAGAACAUCCUGGUAAACAAGACGGGUCAGUGUUGCAUCGCCGACCUGGGCCUGGCCGUGAUGCACUUCCAGGACACCAACGAGCUGGACGUGGGCAGUAACCCAAAAGUGGGCACCAAGCGCUAUAUGGCGCCUGAGAUUCUGGACGACAGCAUCCAGACGGACUGCUUUGAGUCCUACAAGAGGGUGGACAUCUGGGCUUUCGGCUUGGUGCUGUGGGAGAUCGCCAGGAGGACUGUCAGCAAUGGGAUCGUGGAAGACUACAGACCGCCUUUCCAUGAUGUGGUGCCCAGUGAUCCCAGCUUCGAGGACAUGAAGAAACUGGUGUGCAUCGAUCAACAGAGACCCAACGUACCCAACCGGUGGUGCUCGGACCCGACACUGAUGGCCAUCUCAAAACUGAUGAAGGAGUGCUGGUACCGGAAUCCAUCCGCUAGACUGACCGCUCUCCGCAUCAAAAAGACUUUGACAAAGAUCAACAACUCGCUGGACAAAAUCAACUCAGAUUGCUGAGUUUCCUCCAAGAGGGAGGCACCAAAGACCUCUGGCAGUCUGCUGGGGAGCUUCACUGGGGAGCUUCACUGGGGAGCUUCACUGGGGAGCUGCACUGGGGAGCUUCACUGGGGAGCUGCACUGGGGAGCUUCACUGGGGAGCUGCACCGGGGAGCUUCACUGGGGAGCUGCACUGGGGGGCUUCACUGGGGAGCUGCACUGGGGAGCUUCAAUGGGCAGUACGACGAGAGGUGUGGCUGAGGAGGCUCCCCCCACUUCUGCGUGGCGGCAAACCUUAUUUAUCGUAAAAACCCAACAGGACACGUUUUGCUAUUCAAAGAACGUCAGUCGACUGCCGAUACUCUGAGGGGUAAAGUCAUACUAACAGUUCCAUUCUUCAAGGAAGAAACACCUUUGAGCUGCCUUUCUCACCAUGGCCUAAUUUCCAGGAACGUUCGGAAAUGGUUCCUCCAGCAAUACGGAUUUAUGCUUCUGCACAACCAGCCUCCAUUCCUGUCUUGCACUGUUCUGAGGAUCAUUCCGGAAUCAAUCCUGGACCCCAAAAAAACAGGAAGUUAAUCUUCACUAACUACCUUUUUAGCUGAAUAAAGAGCAUCUGGAGACUCUAA